AAACAGUUCAACGCGGCCGUGCGCACGGCCGGGCGCACCCGCCAGGAAUACCGGGACAACUUCCACUUCAAAACGCUGCAUUUCCUGCUGACCCAGGCCCUCCAGAAGCUGAGACGCCCUAAUGAGUGUCCAGAUGUGUACCGGGGGGUGAGGGAUGUCCAAUUCGAUGCAAAACUUGGCGAUAAAGUCCGCUUCGGCCAAUUCGCUUCAUCGUCGCGGGACAAAAACGUGGCCCAGGGUUAUGGGACAGACACAAUGUUCGAGGUGCACACGUGCCAUGGCGUGGACAUCCAGGCUUUUUCCUACAAUCCUAGCAACCAUGAGGUGCUGAUCCCACCCUUCGAGACCUUUGAGGUCACCAAAGUCACCGGGGAAGGGAAGAAGGUGAUUGGGCUUCGCUCCACUGGGAACUCCAGCAACUACAACUGCGAGUGGCUGCGAGGUGGGAGUCUCCCCAGGAACUCCCCCCACUUCGGGGGGCUUCUCCUGGCUACCGUGGCCAUGGCAGUGGCCAUUGGAACCCUCUAAGCCACGAGGACAGCAAGGUCACUGUGGAAGGCCACCAGGACCCCCAGAGAAAGGAGGCCACCAAGGCUACCGAGGCCAUUAUGGCCACUAUGGUCACUUUGUCCACUGUGACCACUGUGACCCCUGUGGCCAUUGUUACCACUUGGCCAUUAUUGCCAGUGAGGCCACCAUGGUCACUGUAACGAGGUGUCCAUCCUGGAAAAGUCCCUCCAAGAGCUGCCCAGUGAGGAAGCAGUGUCAUGGCAGCAGGACCAGCACGAGGGGAGCUGGAGCAGCCAGGACAGCCCAGGACAGCACGGACAGCACAGACUGGGCAGCGUUGGGGACACUUGGGCACUUCCUGAUAGAGGGG